CCCAAAACACUCCUCCCUCCCUCUCCCUCUCUCUCUCUCUCUCUCUCACACACACACACACACACACACACAUCUUCCUCACUGUACAGUCUCUGUAAAAGAAAACCCUUUUUUCCCUUCUCCAUUUCUCACUCAAGCAGAAGCAGCUCUCAAGCAGCCCCAAGAAAUGCCAAAGCGAUCGGUCAGAGCUUCAGCCCUCAACUCUCUUCAAGAGUAGAGAGCCUUGAGGGGGAUAAAAUCAGUCAAAAAUGUUUCAACCCAACAUGUUUGAGAACCACCAUCACUUGCUUGACAUGACUAGCGCGAGAAGCUCCGAGAGCGAAGUGUUGAAGUUGAGAGACAUCGAAGAUUUCGAGACCAAAUCUGGCACUGAAACCAUGGAACCCGACCCUUCAGGUGACGACGUUCAAGAUCCCAACAACGAUGACAACAACAAUAACAAUGGUCAACGCCAGAAGAGAAAGCGUUACCAUCGCCACACUCAGCGUCAAAUCCAAGAGCUUGAAGGUUUCUUCAAGGAGUGCCCUCACCCAGAUGACAAACAAAGAAAGGAACUGAGCCGGGAGCUAGGGUUGGAGCCUUUGCAAGUCAAGUUUUGGUUCCAAAAUAAGCGAACCCAAAUGAAGGCCCAACAUGAACGCCACGAGAAUGCGAUUCUGAAGGCUGAAAAUGAAAAGCUCCGUGCCGAGAACACGAGGUAUAGGGAAGCUCUCAGCACCGCCACCUGCCCUAACUGCGGCGGCCCUGCCGCCCUUGGUGAAAUGUCCUUUGAUGAGCAGCAUCUGAGGAUUGAAAAUGCUCGUUUGAAAGAUGAGAUAGAUAGGAUAUCUGCGAUUGCUUCAAAGUAUGUUGGGAAGCCGUUGGCUUCUAACUACCCUCAUCUUCCUCCUCACAUGUCAUCCCGCUCCCCAGAUCAAUUCCCGGCUCAAUCAGGUUUCGUUGGAGAAAUGUAUGGGGGAAUUGAUCUUAUAAGAUCUGUAUCCAUGCCUUCGGAGGCAGAUAAGCCAUUGAUCAUCGAGCUUGCGGUCGCGGCAAUGGAGGAACUGAUUAGGAUGGCACAAGGAGGAGAACCGUUGUGGAUUCCUGCAGGCAGUGGCCAACCAUCGGAGAUAUUGAAUGAAGAUGAAUAUUUUAGGAUCUUCCCUAGAGGAAUUGGGCCGAAACCUUUAGGGUUCAAAUCGGAAGCUUCGAGAGAAUCGGCAGUGGUUAUUAUGAAUCACAUUAACCUUGUCGAAAUACUCAUGGAUGUGAAUCAAUGGUCAGGUGUUUUUUGUGGCAUUGUCUCAAGAGCAAUGACCAUAGAAGUCCUAUCAACUGGUGUUGCCGGGAAUUACAAUGGUGCAUUGCAAGUGAUGACAGCCGAGUUCCAGGUCCCAUCGCCGCUUGUUCCUUCUCGAGAAAAUUAUUUUGUGAGGUAUUGUAAGCAACACAGCGAUGGAACGUGGGCUGUGGUCGAUGUUUCCUUGGACAAUAUACGAGGGAAUCCCAUAUUACGGAGUCGGAGAAGGCCAUCCGGUUGUUUGAUUCAAGAAUUGCCUAAUGGUUACUCAAAGGUCACAUGGGUCGAACAUGUAGAGGUUGAUGAUAGAGCUGUUCAUAGCAUAUAUAGGCCCCUAGUGAAUUGCGGCCUCGCCUUUGGAGCGAAACGUUGGGUGGCGACACUGGACCGGCAGUGUGAACGUCUCGCGAGCUCAAUGGCCAAUAACAUACCAUCAGGAGAUCUAUUGAUAACGAGCCCAGAAGGAAGGAGGAGCAUGUUGAAAUUGGCUGAGAGGAUGGUGCUUAGCUUCUGUAGCGGUGUCGGUGCUUCAACUGCACAUGCUUGGACAACAUUAUCAGCAGCUGGUUCUGAUAAUAAUGUGAGGGUCAUGACAAGAAAGAGCAUGGAUGAUCCAGGCAGGCCUCCCGGAAUUGUGCUAAGCGCCGCAACUUCCUUCUGGCUCCCGGUUCCCCCCAAACGGGUUUUUGAUUUCCUCCGUGAUGAGAACUCUCGCAAUGAGUGGGAUAUACUUUCAAAUGGGGGACAAGUUCAAGAAAUGGCACAUAUAGCAAAUGGUCGUGACCCUGGCAACAGCGUCUCAUUACUCCGUGUAAACAAUGCAAAUUCGAGCCAGAGCAACAUGCUUAUACUGCAAGAAAGCUGCACAGAUUCUGUGGGGGCAUAUGUGAUCUACGCUCCGGUCGACAUCGUCGCUAUGAACGUCGUACUAAACGGCGGCGACCCCGACUACGUUGCGCUGUUACCCUCAGGUUUUGCCAUACUUCCUGAUGGGCCAGAAUUUGGUGGAGGAAACAUUCUCGAGAUCGGCUCCGGUGGUUCGCUACUGACAGUGGCAUUUCAAAUCCUGGUUGACACUGUACCAUCUGCUAAACUCUCUCUCGGGUCGGUGGCUACUGUGAACAACCUGAUCAAGUGCACUGUCGAAAGAAUCAAGGCGUCAGUGUCGGGUGAUAACCCAUGACCAAAGAAACUACUAUUAUGCAACAAGAGCUGGAGAGAAAGCGAAAGUGAAGAUAUUUUAUCCCAAAAA